AUGGAGAGAGUAAUCUUUCCGGCUGGGAUACCAAGAAAACAGAGAACUGCUCGUCCACAACCGCUAAAAAAUGUUACUUGGGGCUCACGUUUCCCAAAGGAUCCAAUCCCACUUUGGCUUUUGAAGAAAAUGGCGGAGCUUCAUGGUGUUGAACCAGUUCUGAUCGUCAAAGAUAAAGUAUUGAAGGAAACCGAUCUUGCUCCAUCUCAAGGAAGACUCUUUUUGCCUCCUUCUCAGGUUUUAACUAAAAGUUUUCUGAAUGGUGUUGAAUUGGCGAUUCUCGAUUCACAUCCGGUAGUAGGCGUUGGGGCUGCCUUUAUUGGAAUAAACUCACAAAGGUUCAAUCUUGAGCUGAGGAAAUGGGUUAAUGGAUUAGUUUUGACAAUCGGCUGGAAACAAGUUAUCGCCUCCAAGCUGUACAAGGUCGGCGACAAGUAUCCGUUGUGGUGCUUCCGCUUGAGAAACGAAGAUAAUAAGCUGUGCUUCGCCCUGGUUCCCGAGUCUCUCGAAGAAGAAAAGUGGUAUGAAGAUGCUAUAUUACUCCAAGCUCUCCCUCAAGACCAUGUCCACGUUUGUUCGCCGAUUCCCGACGAGGUAAAGAGUCUCGCCGACGUGGAAGAGGUGGCUUCCUAUUUCAGCGACCAGUGA